CUACUAACUGCAGGCAACACAUGAUGCAUCUUUUUAUGGAAGUCUUUGAAUCACUUUGUGAUCUUUAGUUUUUUAUGUCUAUAUGUUGUUUAUAAUUGUUGAUAGUGUAAGAAAUGUGUAUAUAGAGUAAACAAACGUUGCAUUAUGAAAUGCAGUAAGAUUUGUACCUCUCUAUAGAGAGUAUUACAAUGUAUUCUACAGGAACAAGUCAUAGAAAUGCAGCAGGAAAGGUUUCAAUAGGUUUUAUUUUUGACAAUUUUUCUUUUCUUGUCAUGAAGUAAAUACAAAAUACAGUACUUUAUAAUAUUAUGAGAGAGUAUCAAUACAGUAAAUUAGGAUAUUGCUGCAAAGAAAACAAAAAAGUAUUGUAAAUUCUCUAAUACAGUGAAAACUGACCAUGUACAAAAAAGCUCAAACAAACAAAAAACACAUCAUCCUGAACAACAUCCAUGUGAAAAGGCUACAUGUUAGUUUUUUUGACAUAAACUGAAGAGUUUUGAACCGAGUAUCGGCUUUAGUCAUUGAAUGUUUUUUUUGUGUGAAAGCAGUGCAAAUGUUGUCACAGUUUGGUCCAUGAUUUUUGUUGUUGUGUUGACUGUUUGAAGAGUUUGUGGUAGUAUUGAACCAUGCAUAAAAACCAAUUAUUAAAAAAUGUAAUGAGUUAAUCAAUUGUGCAAAUUCUGCCAAAACUGGUGUAACUAAACAUGAUUAUGCCCAGUUGUAAAGGGUGUCAUGCCAUAUUCUGUAACCCAUCAGAAUCUGUGACUUGAUAAGCAGUUUGAGCUUAUUAAUACUGCCAGAGCUGGAUUACUGGAGUGAAGUGGGCCCUGCAGGUGCCCAGGUUCACUGUGUGUUAAUUGGUUUGUAGUAAUAUGAUAGAGGAUUCCUACCUCUAAAGUAUCACAUUAAAUGAUAAGGGCAUUACUGUCCCUGUUGUGUUCAGGGGGGAAAUGUCAAAUUCAAUUUUAAACCUUUACCUCAGUUUAUAUUAGUGCAGAUUCCUAAAUAACCACAAACUAAGUAACAUGCAAUAAACCUGUGGUAGGUCAUAUUUCAACACAUGAGUACAUGUUGGUUUCUGAGACUGCAGGCAAAAUAUAAUAAAGCUGAACGUGUAAUCUGCAGCGUGCACUUAAGUUGAUGGUGCACUCACAGACAAUGUUACAUCCACUCAGAGCACAGAGAUUUGGAAGAAUGGGGGUUGCUGGGGCCCACAGCUCAUUUUUAACCCAAGGCCCCAGGGUUAAUACAGCUGUGUCCACUGCAAAGAGUUUUACCAUGGUCACACACUGUAUUUUGAUAGCUGUUAUCCAAAAUGAUGAUGUGACUGCUGUAUUUUUUUAUAUCAUAGAUAGGGUCACAGAUUUUGAAAGCUGUGAUAGCAGAAACUGGUAGUGCACAGAUUUGUCUGUAUCACUAAACUUAACCCUCUGACAGCAAUAUUUUUUCAAACCAGGAGUCUUUUUUGCCCUCUUUUUUGGGGGGGAUCUUUUCAAAACCAACAGAAAAUAAAAUAGCAACAGCAUUUUAACGGGAUGUUUAGCAAAGAAAUGUUGAAAAUCUGUUGAGAUUUACAAGUGAGACUUAAGACCUCAAUUUUAACCAGUUCCCUGUGGCCUUUUUGUAGCCUCUGAACAUGAAACAAUAGCCUAAGUAGCCUAAAUUUGCCGCAUUAUGGUGCAAAUUGUAUUCGUAUAGGCCAGCUGUUUCCACUAAUUCUGCACGCUUUACUGUAAACGACAACAAAUUUGAUUUGGACCUGAUUGAGCAAUGUGCAGAGAGGAAAUCUCCUCCAUCUCUUCAUCUACCGGUAAUGUGUUAAUAGCCUGUGUAUCAGGGCGGGCUUAAGCUGCGACGCACGGUGCGGUCGGUCGGUUGUAAACUCUAUUGUGCGCUUCGUCAUCUCCGCUCCAGUCUCAGCAUCUCUCUCCUCCAUCAACACAAGACUCCCCCGCUCCUGCCCAUCAUUCAUAAUGACCUUCAGUUCAGACAGAGCAUCCAGUUGAAUGGUGCGUGCUUGUUUUUGUCCGCUGUGGCUGCGCGUACUGCUGCUGCUGCUGCUGUGGUGGGGGACGGAUACCUGUGCUGCAUUGGCAUCACUGCGGAGUGUUUUGGGUGCCAGCGCGUCCACGCGUUUGGGUGUAUUCAUCCUUUGAUCAGCUACCAUGGCGAAAACAGUCACAUCAUCCAGCGCAAUAACAGGUGAAAAGAUGGCACCCCCAUCCAUCACUCUACUUCCUGAAAAGAGAUCUCCGACAAACAGUCACAACUCCCCAGCCCGAACUGGGAAGACUACUCCGUCUAACACAGAGAAGAAGCCGCAAAUAAAUGGACAUGCGUCGCCUUCGCACUUACCGGCUAACAUCAGCAGCAACCAUGCAGCUGUGGAGGGUUACAUGAAGACAGACGACAGGAUGCGUUUAGCCAAAGAGAGACGCGAGGAGAGGGAGAGAAGCCUUGCGGCCAGGGAGCAGCUGAUCAGGGAGAAGGAGCGGAGGGCUCGGCUACAGUAUGAACGCACAGUGGAGGAACGCUGGAGGCGGCUGGAGGAGCAGAGGCAGAAAGAGGAGCUCCGCAGAGCUGCAGUGGAAGAAAAGAGGAGGCAGCAGCUCGAAGAGGAGAGGGAGCGACUGGAGGCCCUGAUGAAACGCUCUUUGGAGCGCAGCCUUCAGCUGGAGCAGAGGAACAAACGCUGGAGCAGAGGCUGCCCUGCAGGAGGAGGUGACAGUGAGAAUGCCCCACUCCCUUUCUCUGCUGCCUCCGCCUUUUCCCAUGGCAUUGCCUCCCCCCUUCCUGCUGUCAGCGAAUCUGCGCCCUGCAGCCCUCACAGAUCACCUUUCUGCAGCUCACUGAACCCUGCUGACCACAACAGAGCUGGACUUCAGGGAGGCUCUCAGUCAACUCCCAAUACCCCCAAGAAAGAGCGUCUGCGCAGAGACAGAAGAACUGCAUCCCCAGGUUGUGGGUCCCCUAUGAGAAGAUCUGAAUCUCCUGCUAGUGUCAGCAAACACUUGGCUUCCCCUACUACCUCCAAGCUGGCCUCCAAAAUGCGUGCCCAGUCUCCUAGCAAUGCACAUCAGUACCAUUACUCUCCUACAAGACAUCGUCCAACCCUGUCAACUGAUGAUAGGAAAGCAGAAGACAAGAAAGUGGAAAAACACAGCGAACAAUGCAAGACUGAGACAACCGUGAAAAAGACUACUGACAUCAAAAACAUGAAUCCAUCUUCACAAGCUGAGGAGAAUGCAGUUGAAAUCACUAAAACCACAUCAUCUAAGGGUGAAACUUUUGAUAAACGGCUCAAAGGUGACACAUCUGAAAAAAAUCAGUCCCCUGACAGAAAGGACCACAUGUCUCCCAAAGCCGAUUCCUCAGAGAAGAAGGCAGAGAGCAACGCUCAGGAUGGAGAAAAGAAAAAAGAAUCAGUGGAAUGCACGUCCACAGGGAAGGCGGCAGCUGGCACAACAAAUGCAGAGGAGGCUACCAGGUUGCUGGCGGAGCGCAGGCGUCAGGCUCGAGCUCAGAAAGAACUGGAAGAUAAAAAACGAGAACAAGAAGAAGAAGAGAGACUAAAGGAGGAGCAGCUCAGGAAGCAACUUGCACAGGAACAGCGACAGGCUGAAUUGAAGGCUCAACAAGAGAAAGAGAAGGGGAAAAAAGAGGAAGAGGCUCACAGGUUGAAACAAGAACAAGAGAAACGACAGCAGGAUGUGCAGGAGAAGGAGCAACAGAGCCAAAUGGACAAAGAGAGAGAAAAAGUCCAAGCUCAAGAGGAAGCAGAGCGUCAGCGGCAAGACAGAGAACAGCAGACGCAACAAGAAGAGGAGGAGAGGCAACUAAGAAAAAAGAGAAUUGAGGAGAUCAUGAAGAGAACUAGGAAAGGUGAACCUGAGUUGAAGAAGGAGGAGCAGGUGGAGACAAAGUCCGUCUCACCGCCAGGGGAGUUAAAGACUGUUCAAACUAAUGCUCAGGUGAACGAGCAAGCCACCAAAAAGGUUGAGUUUCAGGUUAAAGAGCAGGUCACAGUCCAGGGAAACAUGAAGGAAAAUGCCCAGGUAAAGAAAGAAGGAGCAGCAGUGGCAGCACAGAUGGACAAUCAGAAGAGCAUGCAAGUUAAAAACGACGCUCAUCAAGUGACACCAACAAAGAGCGUUCCUGACAAGAGACCAGACACCAAACAAACCAGUGAAGACCAGCUUAACAAAGAUGGCAAAGCCUGUCUUCUCAAGCAACAAGAGAAAGAGGCGGAAAUGAAUGUAAACAAGCAGCACAAAGUAAACGUUAAAGCCGCAGACCAAAUAAAAAAAGAGCCGACCAAGACAGCAGAUUCCAAAGUCAACCAAAAUGAGGGCGGUAUGAUGAAUGGAGUAGUUAAGGGUGAAGGAAGUGCCUUGAAGAGUCACCAUGUAACUGCUGAGGUAAGCAAACAGCAAAGCCCAAAAGCGUCGACAGCUGAGGGAAAGGCUAAAGGAGCGUCCCAGAUGGAGGUUAUGAAACCCUCUGUGACACCCCUGCCGGUGGGACACCCAUCACCGCCAGUCAUCAAACUGGAGCCACUAGAUGUGAAGGGUACAGGGUCUGGUGAUGAGGUGCAGUCUAUGGAGGUCAGCCCAGCUUCAAAGGAGGAACUGAUUUCAAUCCCAGAGUUCUCACCAGUUAAUGAAAUCCAGCACGGCGGCAUGAGUAACACCCGCGCCCUUGAAGACCUGAUGGAUCUGACAGGCGGCGUCAACCACCCCAAACUGUCCUCUGAAGGCAACAUAGGCGACUGCAACAAGAACCUCAUUGAGGGCGUUGUCAGUCCCAUGUCAGACUCAAAGCUCAUUGGGAUGUCGCCUCUGUCCUCAAAUAAACUUAGCAUCCAGUAGUCUCUCUCUCUCUCUUCCUGUCUCGCUUGCCUUCUCCCUCUCUUCCCUCUCUCUAACACACACACAGGGUGUCAUAUUUGGAAAAUUGGCCCCUGUGUUGCUACAUUUAUGGGAAUAGAGCCAUAGAGUUAGACUUAAAAAACUGUAAACCAUGACUUGCAAUAUAACUGAAACAUCUCCUACAGUAUAUUCUAAUAACA